CAGUCUUUUGUGGGAUCACAUGGGGAUGGUCACGUGACUCAGCGUAGGGGCCCAGACAGACGGCAACAAAAUCAGAGCCAGCACCGCUAAAAACACUCAUCUGACAUCUACACACACAGGAAUCCCCGACGCUGAUUGGCCGGCGGCUCCUCUGAUGCGAUGACGUCACAGGCGGAGCCGGCACUCCCGCGCUCGAGCAGCUCAGGUUCAGGAGAGUCCCGUCCGCGCGCUGCAGCGAUGAGCACGCGGAGUGGAGCGUUCCGUCCGGCGGUGACGUCACAGUGAACCGGGCACCUGAUGAUGUCAUGAGGAUACGUUUUGAACAUAGACAAAGGUUUCCGUGACUGUUCAUUUUAUUUAUUUUUUUACCCCUUACAGGUGUUGUGUUUACGUUUGUCUGCGUGACAUAAUUCAUGUGCCUUGUUUAGAAGUUUCAUGCAGUUCUGCGAAAGCAUUUGCGCUGAAAGUGGUCCUGAACUGGCAGCCGCUAUCACCAGGACCCCAAGGACCCACCGGUGAGCAGGGUGACUGUGUGGAUUUACGUUAAAUCAUUCGUGGAGCUCCAGGCAGGUAUGUUUGCGGCGGUGGAACAUGGUCCCGUCCUGUGCAGUGACUCCAACAUCCUGUGCCUGUCGUGGAAGGGUCGAGUGCCCAGGAGCGAGAAGGAGAAGCCCGUCUGCAGGAAGCGAUACUAUGAGGAGGGGUGGCUGGCCACGGGGAACGGCAGAGGGGUCGUAGGGGUGACGUUCACCUCCAGCCACUGCCGGAGAGACAGAACCACCCCACAACGCAUCAACUUCAACCUGAGAGGACACAAUAGUGAGGUGGUGUUAGUGAGGUGGAAUGAGCCCUUCCAGAAGCUUGCAACGUGUGACACAGAUGGUGGGAUCUUCGUUUGGAUCCAGUAUGAGGGCCGCUGGUCUGUAGAGCUGGUCAAUGACCGAGGAGCUCAGGUGAGUGACUUCACGUGGUCUCAUGAUGGGACUCAGGCUCUGAUCUCAUACCGUGAUGGUUUCGUGUUGGUGGGGUCUGUGAGCGGGCAGCGCCACUGGUCCUCGGAAAUCAACCUGGAGAGUCAGAUCACCUGUGGGAUAUGGACCCCUGAUGACCAGCAGGUGUUGUUUGGCACAGCAGAUGGUCAAGUGAUUGUCAUGGACUGUCACGGGCGGAUGUUAGCUCAUAUUCUGCUCCAUGAGGCGGAGGGUAUCAUCAGCAUGGCCUGGAACUAUCCCAGCUUUCUGGUGGAGGACAGCAGCGAGAGCGACACCGACUCGGAUGAUUACACACCUCCGCAAGUGCAAAGUCUGAAGCUGCUGUUGACCGUCUGUUUCACAUCUGGAGACAUCAGUCUGAUGAGCAACUAUGAUGACCUCUCCCCGACAUUAAUACGCACUGGCCUUAAAGAUGUGGUCGUGCAGUGGUGCUCUCAGGGUGACCUGCUGGCAGUUGCUGGGAUGGAGAGACUUGGGGUGACCCCUGACCCUGCGGUUGCUCAAGCAACCCGAAAUGCAAUUGUUAAGUUUUACAAUGUCUGUGGUGAACACAUUUACUCGCUGGAAACACCUGCUCAGAGACCAAUCCGGUCGCUGUGCUGGGGCCAUCGGGAUUCUCGUCUUUUCCUCGCUUGUGGCCCAGCGCUGUAUGUGGUUCGGGUGGAACACAGGGUGGCCAGUCUGCAGCUGCUGUGUCAGCACGUCAUCGCCAGUGCAGUUCAUGAGGAGAAGGAUGUGGCCAAGCUCAACAUGCCUUCUCGGCUAAGCACAUGCGUGUCCUCUGCCUUUACUCCGACCAUUAAGCCCCCCAUCCCAGACCCCAACAACAUGCGAGACUUUGUAAGUUACCCGACAUCAGGUAAUGAACGUCUGCACUGCACUAUGAAGCGGACUGAGGACAACCCUGAGGUCGGUGGUCCGUGCUACACCUUGUACCUUGAGUAUUUGGGAGGGCUUGUCCCUAUUCUGAAAGGCCGCAGGAUUAGCAAACUCCGCCCUGAAUUUGUCAUCAUGGACCCAAAGACCGAUGGGAAAACAGAUGAAAUUUAUGGAAACAGCUUCAUUCCCUCCAUGCUUGACAGCUGCAAUUGCUCAGAUUCUAGUGACAUUGAGCUGAAUGAUGAUUGGGUGGGAAAGAAAUCGCCAAAGAUUUCCAGAGGGAGCAAGUCUCCCAAACUUCCCAGGAUAAAUAUAGAUCCCCGUAAGUCCCCCAAGCUCUCCCGCACCACACAGGAAAUAUCCCGAUCACCACGGUUACCCAUUCGCAAACCCUCCAUCGGCUCUCCAAGUCUGACUCGGCGAGAGUUCCCCCUAGAUGACAUCACCCAGCACAAUUAUCUGGCGCAAGUUACGUCCAACAUAUGGGGAACAAAGUUCAAAAUAGUGGGACUAACAGCAUUUUUGCCAACAAAUCUUGGUGCAGUUAUAUACAAGACAAGUCUGCUUCACCUCCAACCCAGACAGAUGACCAUCUACCUUCCUGAGGUGCGGAAGAUCUCUGUGGAUUACAUAAACCUACCUAUGUUUAGUCCUAAUGUCUUCAGUGAGGAUGAGGAUGAUCUGACUGUCACAGGAACAUCAGGAAUCACUGAUGAUAACCCACCUUGCACUGUCAACAUACCAAUUGCCCCCAUACACAGUCCUGCCCAAGCCAUGUCUCCAACCCAAAGCAUUGGCCUGGUCCAGUCCCUACUAGCCAAUCAAAACGUUCAGUUGGAUGUGUUGUCCAAUCCAACAUCAACCGUGGCGCCACCUGGGGUUGCUGACCAAGGACAACAGGACACUGUGCUCACUGCACAGUACACUGUUCCUGCCAGGUACUCUAGUCCUGGUCAGGUGAACUUUGGAGGUUUGGAAGUUGGACGGCUUUUAGUUGCCCAGCAUCCAACAUCCCAACAACAGCAACAGCAAUCCCAACAGCAGCAGCAACAUCAACAUCAACAACAGAUGCAACAACAUUAUCAACAACAACAGCAGCAUCAACAGCUACAGCAACAGCUUCAACAAUACCAGCUUCAUCAGCAACAGAUGUUGCAGCAUCAGCAGAUGCAGCAGCAGCAGCAACACAUGCAACAGCAGAUCCAACAGAUGCAGCAACAACAGCAAAUGCAACAGCAACUUCAGCAUCAAAUCCAACAGCAACAACUACAAAUGCAACUGCAGCAACAGCUACAGCAACAGCACCAGCAAAUGCAGCAGCAGUUGCAACAGCAGCAUCAGAUGCAAAUCCCUGUUCCACUUUUGCCCUCAGGUCAACCAUCAUGCCCUGUCAUUCAGAACGCAAUACCAGUUCCUCCUCCUACAGGAGAGAACAGCACAGAACGAGGGGAGCAUGAGCUCCUGUUUAAGAUUAAGACUACUCGUUCUGCCACACAAUUGGCUGAGGGUGAUGCAGUAGUUUUCACUGCUCCCCUUGAGAUAAGCAAAAUGAACCCUCCCCCUCCCUACCCUGGUACAGUCGCCGCUGCAGUGGCAGUUGCCGCAGCUGCAGUCACAACUGCUUCGUCUGCAAGUUCCACCUCUGGAGUAGCAGGGGGAAGCUCUAGCAUACCACCUUCAGGGGAAGUUUGUAUAAAGAAAGGGGAUCUAACUUUGUAUCCACCUGGUGUGCAGGCGGCUCAGUACCCCACUCCGCUAGGUUAUGAACGCAUCACCACAUUUGACAGCAGUGGUAAUGUGGAGGAGGUGUGCCGUCCCCGCACACGACUUGUUUGCAACCAGAAUGUUUACACACUGCAGGGCCCAGGAAGCUCUGCCACCCUCAGGGUCUCAUCAUCUUCCUCUACUGCAGAGGGCAAGAAGGUGCAGCUGCCCUAUGCCUCAGCCACACUGAACCGUCUCACUGUGCCAAGGUACUCUAUACCCAGCGGGGACCCACCCCCUUACCCUUACACAGCCAGUCAGGUUGCAGCAGGGCGGGGCCCUGGCCAGAGACUCGACAGCAGCCUGAUUCAUGCUACCAUGAGGCGGAACAGUCGAGAAGCUGCGCUGAAGGUGUCUCAGAUGCUGGAUCCCCAGAGGACACACCCCUCCAAGGCCAAAGCCAAUACUUUGUCUGCUUCCUACCAGCAGAGAGGGCCAACAGCUCUUUAUACAUGCAGUCAGUGCAGUAGUAACAGUGGCAUUAGUGGUGGGGCCACUAGUAGUGGAAGUAACGGAAUUGCUGGUGGUACAAUCAUUAGGCAAGAUUUCCCAACAAGUGGGGGUGGUGCACCUCACAGCACUGUUAUAGUGCACUCUAACAGUGCCUCGCCUCUGCCUUACCAGUCCUCCUAUAAUUUCCUCAGUAUGGAUGGCAGCAGUGGUGUAACUAAUGGAGGUGGAAACGGGGAAAGUGCUGACUAUAUCAAUUCUGCCUUUACAGAGGACGAGGCUCUGAAUCGGUCUCUGAGGCAAAUGGCUCUUAAUACAGAGGUAGCGAGUUUGACAGUCAAACGGCCACCGCCGUAUCAAUGGGAUCCAUCUGCCACUGAAGAGAUUUGGGUUCCUCAGGAGCGUACAGUGACUUUGCCCACCUCUGGACCUCCUGCAUCUCACAAACCUCCCUCACUCAUCCUUAGCCCAGCACAGCAUCUGGACAUUACACAGCUUCCAUUUGUCCUCUCCCCUAAAUCUCCAACAAGUCCUAAUGCCACAACUUUCCAAACAUCAGGAGCAUAUCAGAUUGCUCUGCCCUACCCAUCAAGUUCAGCCUACAGUGGCCCACACCUUCAGUCAGUACAAGCAUCUCCACGUCCCCCCUCGCCCAAAGAAGUGGUUGCUCCACUUUCCUUUUCCCAGCAAGACCAGGCAAUAAUCUUGCCACCUGGUUAUCCACCCAAUUUGCCCAACCUUGCUUGCUGCCCCCUCCCACCAAUGUAUCCUGGGCCAGCAUCAUGUUCCAGUCUCCCUGUGACUCAGAUUCCUCUUCAUCCAUGGGGUACUUACGACCCCUGUCCACCCAUGCCAAGCCCCUCAGGCCCUGCCCCGACCCUUCCACCAAAGGUCUCCCACAAGUUAGAUAAGCCUGUUCUCUCUCCUCCCCCUCAAUCACCGCCUCUGCUGUCACCCCUACCAGACCACCAGAGUGUGGUCAGUCCUCCAGAGGCCAUCACUGAGGCUGGGGAGGGCUUUCAGGAGGUGCUUUCACUGAAUGAAAGCCCAGUUCCCCAAAGAGCAGACAGGUUUGGCAAGAAGAACCGAAAGCGGUUGGACAACAGCAGAGCAGAUGAAGCCAAUGUUCCAGCUAUCACAGAGGGAGGCAAUAAGUCCAAAAAAGAGGGUCGUGCACUUGGCGACUUCAACUCCCUCAUCUCCAGCCCAAGGUUGGGUGGACGAGACAAGAAGAAACCCAAAGGCCAGAAAGAGCAGCUGAAAGCCAAAAAGCUAAGCAAGGCUACAACGAACGAGUUCCAGGACAGCUCAGAGAGUGAGCCGGAGCUCUUCAUCAGUGGAGAUGAGCUGAUGAACCAGAGCCAGAGUGGUAAAAAAAGCUGGAAGGCAAAAAGGAACUUACGAGCCGGAGGUUCCGAGCUGGAUGAAAUCAAAUGUCGAAAGGCUAAUGAGAAAGAUGACCGUGGCCUUGGCAACCAGGGUUUUGUCUACAUCAUGGCCAACAAACAGCCUCUUUGGAAUGAAGCCACUCAGGUCUACCAGCUGGAUUUUGGAGGGAGAGUUACACAGGAAUCGGCAAAGAACUUCCAGAUUGAGCUUGAGGGGAGACAGGUGAUGCAGUUUGGAAGGAUUGAUGGAAAUGCAUACAUCUUGGACUUUCAGUACCCCUUCUCAGCUGUGCAAGCUUUUGCCGUAGCACUUGCUAAUGUCACCCAGCGCCUCAAGUGAUUGGCAGAGCAUGAACAUCUUAGUUAAAUAUACCCUUUCUUUCUUUGCUGUCUGUUUUGUUUUUGUUUUUGUGUGUGUGUUUUUUAUUCCCUGUCUAAUACUUGAAACCUUCAUCUGGGAAGCAGUUGACACAUUUCCAAGUGUUAGAGGUAUUACUGGGCAGAGAAAUCAAUUGCUGUAAAACAUACGCCAUUACAAAUUAUUAUAAUUUUUGCAUAAGAUACUAGUGUUUGUCAAACUUUAAGGAGGUCAUAUCUAAAUUUACUUCCAGGGACUUUCCCAUUGCAGUAUAAUUGCUAGCAUCUGAUUGGAUGCUUUUUGGCUUGCAGUCAUAAAAUGCAUUUUAUGAAGAAUAAGCAAGACUGAAUAUCCAGUCUGUGGCUGUAUACUCUAGGUAUUUCUGUUAGGAUGGACUUGCUUUGGCAGACAGAAAACAGAAUAAGCUUAAAAGUGAACCCAUUAAUGCUAUAUUCACAAGCAGUAUAGCUCCUCAGAUGUUAAGUUGUGUGAAUAAUUCCUCUCAAAUAUGUUUUUACUAUUCUUUCAUCCACACUAUUUUUUUUAUCUGUACUGUCCCGCAUGUCUCAUCGAUUUAUGUUUUUCCUUUAUGUAAACUCUUCCUGAUUGUGCAUCUCCUUCAUGUUAAGAAACAGGAAGUUAGGAUGUGCAAAUCGGAGCUCACUGUUUGUUUGUUUUCCUCCUGAUAUGAAGUGACUGCCCUCUGCUGACGCUUCUGUGAAGUGAUUGUGUAAUGGCUCUCAAGCCACAUUUAGUCCACCUAAAGAUGUGCAAACAGGAAAUAUUUUUCUACCGUGUUUCAACAGUGUCAUUUCAUACCAUUUAUUUUUUUUAAUAUAACUUGUUUGUGUAACACAGUUUAUCAGUGCUAAGAAUAUUGCGGUGUUAGAUGAGGUCUAGUAGUAUGAAUAUAAACUCAGUAGUUUUGUGAGGAACAGCAGUGAGGUGUACUCUGUUUUAUUUGAUAUCAAUGAAACAACCAAGUGAUGAAGGCAGCAUGAGUAGGCAAGCCUCAGUUUGCUACUUAAUUGGGCAUGCCUUUUAAUAGGCAUGCAGUUAAUGGUCACUACAUUUCUUGUUUUUUCUUUUGAAAGGGUUAGACAGUAUUUGUGAUGCGAACCAAUACAGCAUAAAAUACAUUGUGUGUAUGUGCAUAUGUGUCUGUCUGAUAUCACUUGUAAAGGAUGAUCCAAACAAAAAGCUUAGUUUUGGUCCUUCCAGGAUUUCUCUCAUCUGGAAACUGUCCAGAUGUUGAAUUGAGAAAAAAAGUAGACGGUUUAUCCUCUGUGUUAUUUAUUAUAUCUUUGUUUAUUGUGCAAUAUUGUCAAGACUAAUGCUUUCUUUACCGUUUUAUUUCUCAAGACAGCAGUCCACUUUUUCACGUUGAAGGACAUAUGACAUUUAAUCCACUUUCUGUAAGUGUGAACAUUUAAUUUAUGUUGUGUAUAUAAUGUGGAUGACUUGUUUGUGGACGGGGAAGGGACAGUGAUGGGUUUCGAUGUAAUUUGAAAGGUGUGUGUUGGUGAUUGUUGUUAUGUGUGUAGUGAAGUGACUUUGGAAGGGUUUUGUCAUGUGUGUUUUUGUACAAAGAAUUGAAACCAGAUCAACACAUCUUCUCCAAUGAGGCUGUUACAGUUUUAACUUAAAUAUUCUGCUAACAUUAACCCCAGUUAAGCUGUUGAUGUGAUGUGUGUUGACUCAUUACUAUGUAUUGAUUUGGGUGGACUUUGUUGUUUAAUGAUUUGACAAAUGAAAUGUGCUUGGUAUACGUAGGUCAAAAAGGUGUGUUGGAGACGAAGGAAAAACUGAAUGUUUGUAUUGAACGGUACAAUGGCAUGCCGGGUAAAUUCUAUUACUAUUGAGUAUGACUUUUUUAAAAGCAAGUUUGUUUUCAGAGGAGUUGAGCAUGGGUUUGGCUUUGGACGCACAUCUACUUAUAUUUUAGAGCUCACGUUUGCAAAGAUUUGUGUCCAUUCUGUCUAAAAUACUGUAUCUGAAAUUCCCAUGAUGUCAUUUGGUUUUGAUGCGACUGCUUAGCAGGACAAUUGCGUGCAAAGAUAAGACUUUUUUGGAAAUGUCUUCAUCUGUUUAUUUGCUCUUUACUGUAUAUUUAGGGGAACUCAUGCUUUGCUAUAUCCCCUUUUUCUUUGUUAUUAUUUUUUAAACAGACUCUGGGGUUUUGGGGUUAGGCCAAUCUAACUUGAAGCCUAUAUGCACUAGGGUUUGCAUUGUACUGUAAUGAACAGUUUUGUUGUUCCUCAAAAGCUGAAUUGUGUCCUUUGUCAGUGUGUAGCCCAAUAAAGUGUACAGG